ACUUUACCUAUUCCCCAAGUUAAAAUUAUGCUGUUUGAAGUGAAACUCUUUCCAACCCCAACGAAGAGAAGCAAAGAAAAAUAGUUGAAAUCGUUUUUCACCGAGAAAAUUCUCGUUUGGUUUCCGAGAAUCUUGCUUGCUUCCCCGAAUCGAAACCGGAAAACUUCAAUCGAUCAACUGGGUCUGGACUGUACUGAAGUAUGCAGCGAUUGAGGACCUCAGGGUCUUCAAUUAUAGGGCAACUGGCUCUGCCUCAGUUGAAGAGAAAAGCUUUGAAUUCAUGGUCUGCUGUUCAGGACACCUAUUAUUCAACCAAGGAUAUUUUUGAGGGGCACAAAGUCGUCUUUACAAUUGCAACAUCUUUAGCAUCGAUUGCUACAGCUUGGGGUGGUUACACUUUACGCCACCUUCAUGAAUCAAAAGUUGAACAAAGGCUUGACUCAAUUGAAAAAGCUAUGAAGUAUGAAUAUCAAAUUGAACGUAAUGAAUUUAAGAAACUGGUUGGCUCUGGAAGUUACAGCACUGCAACUUGUGUUGCCACUGCUGGAACCACUUUAAUUAUCGGGUAUGGAUUGGGUUGGCGAGGUGGAAAAUGGUACGCGAAUAGGAAGUUCAGGAAGGAGCAAAUGAAAUUGUUAGGACAGAUCAAACCUAAAAGGUGGCAACUCAAGUUCUUAAGAAGACCAUUAAUACGAUCCAAAUCAUCCGAAAAUGCUGUUAAACCGUCAGAGGUGUUCCAAAAGGAUUUACCUGCUGCACAUAAUUCUGGAGAAAUGAAUCGACCUUGCUUUAGUGCAGAGUAUUUACACAAGAGGCUUGAGACUAUCUCAUUUCUAUAUACUGUGUAUUGUUUGUAUCUGCAAUUCAUCCACUAUAAACUGUGGAGGGAAGGUGAGGGUUGUCACCACCAACAACCAAACAUUAAAAUGGCAAAAAGUUUAACUUCUAUUGUUCUAUUGAUUCUGUUCUGUGGGUCAGCAUUUGGUAGCAGAACAAAGUUGUUCACAACCAAAGUUGACGAUGGCACAUCUGCAGUGGCAGAUGUUGGCAUAUGCAAAUUGAUGGUGGAGACACAUGACUAUGUUUGUGAAGAACAUAAAGUGACAACACGGGAUGGUUAUAUUCUCAGCAUGCAGAGAAUUCCAGUGGGCCGGUCAGGUGAGACACAAGGGAAACGGACUCCAGUCCUGCUACAGCACGGUCUUCUCAUGGAUGGGAUAACAUGGCUGCUGAGUCCUCCAGAUCAAUCUUUGGCGUUGAUCUUGGCAGAUAAUGGGUUCGAUGUGUGGAUUUCAAGCACCCGUGGAACUAACUUUAGCCGUGGGCAUUUAUCUCUCAGUCCUGAUGACCCGGCUUAUUGGGAUUGGUCGUGGGAUGAAUUGGUAGCUUAUGAUCUUCCAGCUACAUUCCAGUAUGUGCACGAUCAAACAGGACAGAAACUGCACUAUGUUGGGCAUUCACUGGGAACUUUGAUUGCUCUUGCUUCCUUUUCAAAAGGGCGGCUGAUUAACAUGCUAAGAUCUGCAGCCCUACUCAGCCCAAUUGCUUAUGUGGAUCAGAUGACUUCCCCGCUUGCAAGAACUGCCGCCGACAACUUCAUCGCUGAAGCAUUAUAUUGGUUGGGUCUUCAUGAAUUUAAUCCAAGAGGGGAUGCUGUAAUUGCACUUCUUAAAGCUAUCUGCAACAAACCAGGUGUCGACUGCACUAACUUGUUGACCUCUUUCACAGGUCAGAACUGCUGCUUAAAUUCUUCAAUAGUAGAAGUUUUUCUAGAGUACGAGCCUCAGCCAACAUCGACAAAGAAUAUGGUCCAUGUGGCUCAGAUGAUCAGAAGCGGAAACAUCACUAUGUAUGACUAUGAUGAUGAGGGGGAGAACAUGAAACAUUACGGUCAGCCCUCACCUCCAGUCUACGACAUGACAAGCAUUCCAAAUGACCUUCCUCUGUUCCUCAGCCACGGAGGGCAAGACGCGCUUUCUGAUGUCAAUGAUGUGAAGCACUUGCUGGGCAGCCUCAAAGACCACAACGGAGAUAAGAUUGUCGUUCAGUAUGUACCGAAUUAUGCUCAUGCAGACUAUGUUAUGGCUGUCAAUGCUAAGCAAGUUGUUUAUGAUCCUCUCAUGGCCUUUUUUAGGCUUCAGUGACAACAACAAUCCGAAAAUGAAUUAUAAUGUGCUCUAGCUGAAUUUUCUUUGUUUACGCAGAGAUUCAUAUUCAAUAUGUAAAAUGUUAAUCAAGUUGAGUUUCAAAAUGAAUUACAGUUUUACAGUUUGAGUCGUAUUCAAU